AAGAGGGACGCUUUAUCCACACUCCUGAAGUAAAGCAGAGGCGACGCGCGAGAGACGGAGAGAUAGAGAGAGCAUAGAGAGCGAGGAGGAGGAUGGCGCAAGCACUAGCUAAUCCUCUGCAACCUCUCCUUCACAAGCCAUCUGGUCUCACGCUCAAGGUGAAGGAUGGUUAUGGUCGAUGGAGCUGCAGAAAGAAAGAUAUCCACCCGCCCUUCUACAACGACGCAAAGGUCUACUGCAGUGGAGAGUUGGUGAUAACCACCGGAGGCACUCAGCAGGAGUAUGUGGUUGAUGUGUGGUCAGGUAACCACCCCUUCUAUCUUGGCGGCAGGUCUGCUAUUUUGCUCGAUGCUGAUCAGGCCGAGAAAUUUAAGAAGAAAUACGGCUCUCUCUCUAAGUUCAUGGAGAUCCCUGUGCUUAAGUACGGAGAGGUCGUGCUGCCCACCAGGAAAUCGAAGGCUGCAAAAGGGAAGGGCAAGAAAUAAAACCUCGUUGGAUUCUGCUUCUGCAUGUUUGCUUCUUUCUUGUUCUUCAUUGUUUAUGACCAUUCUUAGUGUGAAACACCUUAUUUUGAUAAUGAAGUUUAUGGUUUCCUCUUC